AAGUACAAACCACUGAAACACACUAGAUCUAUUCUUUCAAUCGCACUAAGAAUGUCUGCUGUACCUGUCUUAGGAUCUAUUGGGAAUCCAGGGCCCCAAAAUCCAGACAUAAAGGCCCAAACGAACCUCAUUGUCAACUAUCUACCGCAGACGAUGUCCGAAGACGAAGUCCGCAACCUUUUCGGUCAGAUUGGUACCAUUCUCAGCUGUAAACUAAUCAAAGACAAAAAUAACAGCUUGAGCCUUGGCUACGCUUUUGUCAACUUUGCACAAGCCGAAGACGCCAGGACGGCAAUUCAAAAAUUGAACGGUCUUCCCCUGCACAGCAAGACAAUCAAAGUCAGUUACGCUCGUCCUUCCUCGAAUUCCAUAAAGAACGCCAACCUGUAUGUGGCCUACCUCCCCAAAACCUUCUCUCAAUUGGACUUGGAAGCUCUUUUUAGUCCGUACGGAACUAUCAUUACCUCCAAGAUUCUUAUCGACACCGAUAACGGUAUGAGCAAGGGGGUGGGGUUUGUUCGAUUCGAUACCAAUGCAGAGGCCCAGGACGCUCUCGCUCUGAAUGGUAACAUGCUCCCUGGAUGUACGCAACCGAUUGUUGUCAAAUUCGCCAACCAACCACGCCCUGGGGCCGGAGAAUCGAGUAUGCCCACCAUUAACCCUCGCCGUGCAACUGCGGGCAGUAUUGGACCAAUGAGAAACACUCUAGCUAACGUUCGAUUUAACCCCGUGUCAGUUCUUGGCGCCGUAGCCGGAAUGUCUUCUCUCACAAAUCUUGUGUCACCCGUGGCUUCACCAACUGUCGUCGCCCCUAUGCAGGGGGGAUCUAUGCAGGGGUCCAUGCAAGGGGGGUCUAUGCAGGGGUCCAUGCAAGGGGGAUCUACUGGUAGCAGUUUCUGUAUGUUUGUGUACAACCUGCCCGAGACAGCACAGGAGAGUCUGUUGUAUCAGCUGUUUGCACCGUACGGAGCGAUUCACAGCGUCAAGGUGAUUAUCGAUCCUGCCACCAAGAAAUGCAAGCGAUAUGGAUUUGUGAACAUGGCCAAUUAUGCUGAAGCUUGUCAAGCAAUUCAGAGCUUGGACAGCCAUGAGAUAGAGCCCGGUAAGAAACUGCAAGUGUCCUUUAAGAAGGGAGGCAGCUAGACUGUGUUAAUCUCUUUGAGCUUUGAAUGAAUCCCAUGUACUAUAUAAUAUUGAAUGUAUAGUGAUGUAUAAUAGUGUGUAUUGUAUGCCAGCACUUGUGUCUGUGUGUGUGCAUUUGUGUACUGUGUCUUACCCCCAUUUGAAUAUUAUUAUUAUUAUACUUUCAACA